UUUAGGUCGCUUCAUCCAGCUACAAAAUGGGCUCAGCGGAAAGACAGAUUAUUGCUCACGAUAGAAUUGUCCGAUUGUCAAAAACCAGAUAUUUCUGUUACUUCAACACAUCUUCGUUUCAGGUAAGAGGGCGAUGUUUUUUUUUCGUACGUUCCACAACAUUCUUUGCAGAAUUCAUGUAGAUUUCAGUGACACACUGAAUGUACAUGUACAUUUUUUCGAAUUCGGUGCUAGCAAUACCAAAGAGAUUAAGCUUUUAACAUAAAGCCUUCCAGUACCUUGGAAAAUUUGUGCUAUUUCUCUGAGCAAGCGUAUUCUUUUCUUUUCUUAUUAUAUUUUUAAAAAUCGCAGUGCAAAAGGAGGAAAGGAACAGAAAAUUUAUUCGUUGGAUUUGGAAUUCCAUAAAGACGUUGUCCCCGAGGUAAGCCAAAAAUGUAAUUCCGGGCGUACGGUAUAAAAUAGUUGUACAAGUAUAAAAGCUUACAUAUUUCACUUUUUUGGUGUGCUUUGUAUUUUUGUGGAUGGUCUGGCUACUUUGCGACUCUAGGAUUAAGAUUAUUGAUACUUGAUUGGACAUCAUUGGUGGAAAACCCCAUUAUGUUUGGUUCAGAGAGUGACUGCUAUAUUUGUCAGGGCCAUCCUUGUUGUGGAUAUGCAGUUAGUAGGCGGGCAUUGAACAGCCAGGAAGUUAUUUUGGUUCUGUUCUCCUUUUGUUUCCUAUGAAAGUGGUUGGGGUUCAUGCUCAAAAACAGCCGACCUUUCAUGAUGCGGCUGAUGGUUUCCCCGCAAAAUGACGUCUGAGAAAAGAGCACAAAAGACACAUCACAUCACAGAUCUGGGUAGUGCUUCUGAUUGGUUGGAAAUUUGCUUCAUCCAAUCAGAAGCCCUAUCCAGAUCUGGGUAGUUACGUGUCAUCAGUAAGGAAUUUAUGUGCUUCUUUCUCAGAAAUCAUUUUGCGGGGAAACCAGUCGUGUCAUCACAAAAUAUCAGCUGUUUUCUCAGGCUAGGGAAAAUCCCUACCCCUGGCCCUUACUGACAGCCAUGUUUGUGUUGGAUGCCAUCUUAGUCCAGAAGCUAGAAAGGGUUUUAUGCAGAAACUAAGAUUUCUCAAAGACUAAUGGAUGCCACUACAGCCCCAGGGGGGCUAGGUGAGGGGUACUCCCAUAUAUGAGCCUGAUAAGUAUGUCCUGCCUGAUAGGGUGUGGUUUUUGAGGGUCUCCUUCCCUAAGUAAGGUAUCAUUUUUGCCCUUGUUGGCAUUGUGUUCCUGGUGUGAUCCUUAGAUAGGGUACCAUUAGUAUAUCAACUAAAAUCCAGGUGUGGAAAUACCCAGCUACAUGAGAAACAAAUCAUCUCUUAAAACUGAACUUUACCAUAAGGUAUGCUCUGUGUUUCCAUUGAAUUCUUAGCUUUUGUUUUUUCCUUUAAUCAGGUAUCACUUUUCAGGUUUGGGCCUUAAAUAGGGUAUCAGAUCAGGGUUUAGGUUUAAGACCCUGGGUGGCACACACCUAUCCAAAAUUCAUGGGAAAACCCAUCCUCCUACCCCUCCAGGACUUUAGCACAGUUUAUAUAAAGACAAUGACUCAAAAUUAUGGUGGCCAAGGAUCCCACUAAUAUAGGGUAUGUUCUGGCAGCACUCAGUAGUCUCUAUGUUUGCCUUUUGGCGAAAAGAAAAACGAAUAUUUGGUUUGAAAAAAAGGACUUUAUCCUGGGCUUCAUGGCUUUUUAUGGUUGAUAACUUGACAACAACAACAGCCUUAUUUACUUCACAUAACAUAUAGGAUACUACUGGCCCACAAAGUAGCAGAAACACUAAUCAAGGUGGGUCUCCAUACUGUGGACUCCAUACAGUUUUAGAGUAUGCAGCCUAAAUGAAUUCCCAUAUGAAGAGCUGAAUUUGUGGUUAUUUCCCUAUUGUUAGGAGUCUAAGCAGCACGUCACAGCAAGAGAAAUUUCUUUGAACAUAAAGAAGAAAGAGGAAGGACCUUAUUGGCCAAGACUACUCAAAGACUCAAAGAAGGUAUCCUAGAAUGAAGAUUAUGUGAACUGCGGAAAUAGAAAUUUAAAUGAAGAUGUGAUCGUCCAAGUGGUAAUUGCAUUUUGCAAAUUCGCCUGAAAAAAUUUGGGGACUUCAACAGGAUUCAAACCCAUGGCCUCUGCAUUAGUACUGCAGUGAUCUACCAACUUUGCUAUGAAGACCCAUACAUUGGGAGCAAGCCAAAGAAAAAUUAUUUCUUGAGUUCAAUUUUGGAUCAGCUAUUGCUUGAAUUUCAAUUACCACUGUGACGAUCAUUUUUCCAUUUAAAUUAGGAUUUAUCCUGUUCAUAAUUAUACCUUUCCAUUAUUCUUUCACUGGAAUUAUGCAAUAAGGUUCAAGCAUAAACAAAAUGACAACAAUUGAAUGAAAAGUACUAAUUAUUGACAAAAAUAGAAAAGUAAAAAACAGGGUACACACUGUAUAAAUUUCUCCUUUGUUGCUGAAAAUGUUUGAAACACCAUCCUUUGAUUUAUGAUCGAUUCCAGUAAUGUGGUUAUCACUUUUCUUGCAGCCUAGUUUCCUUCAUACAGAUUUCAACAGAUGGAGAGAUGAAGAUGACUCUGAAGAAGAGGAUACAGCAAUAGAUGAUAACUUUGAAGCUGUAAGUAAAUUGAUUUUACGGGCUCUCGUAAAGUAACAAAUUUCUUUAUUUUUUGAACCCUUUUCACCUAAAGAACAUUUUUUUUAUAAGUGCACCAGGAAGCUUGCAAUAAUUCUGUCCUCAGACUACUUUUUAGUAAAGUUUUAAAUUUUUAACCAAGUUAAAAGCAUGUUAGUUAAGUAUCAAACAAGUUUUGAACCAUGAAUAUGACAAUCUUGACUUUCAAGUUAUUCAUUUACAAGGUAGUUUUUGCUAAUAAAAUUUCCCUUCUUUGACUUUGGGUGAGGCUAUAAAAAAAGGUGUCUCCGUUACUUUGCAUCUGAAUCAUAGGCUAUUUGAAUUACUUAUCAAUCUUAUACAGUGGAACCCCAUUUUAAUGAACCUCGCUCUAACGAAGACCCCGUUAUAAUGAAAAAUAUCUGAAAGUGGCAGAAUUACAGUAAAACACGUGGAAACAAACCCCGCCAUAACAAAUAGAUUUUGACGGUCCCAAAGCACAAUUAUUUACCCUGCUGUAACAAAUGUUUUGUCCAGUCCCUCACAGCAGCCAUGACAGAUUUGAGUAGAAAGCGAGCUUGCUUUAAUUUAAAGUGUUUUUGAAUUUGAUGCCUUGAUUGUCAGCACUUUACACUAAUAGUUUACAGUAUGAAAUGAAUAAAAAUAAUGUUUUCUACGUGCAGUAUUGAAUUCUUGGUAAUUGUUCUUUAUUAAAUUACCCCACUAUAAUAGAAGUAGUGUGGAGGAUUUAUUCCUGGAUAUUGGGGCUUAAAGAGUUUCAUUAUUAAAAAUUUGUUAAAAUAUUAUUGCUUUUACUUUUAAAGAUGAUGAAUCAAAUGGGUGCAGCUGGUGGACAGGUGAGUUAG